AGUGUUUACACAGUGGCUUUGUAAUUGCUAGAAGAUCAUCUUCUGAUAAAGUAUGACAUUCUAUAUGUUUGGGGCAUAUUCACCCACCCGUCCCUCUGUAAAGACGCGAAGCCUAAUAGGUGGUAAAUAGGCCGACCCAUAGCGAAUCAGACUAUCGGCAGCCUCGAAGGAGUCAUCGUUAAAUCGAUCCUUCGUAGUCAUCUCGAGACCUCGUGUACGCAAUGGCUAGAGUCAAUAAUGCACGAUUUUCAAUCUUGGUUAUCAAUCCGAAUACCUCAACACACAUGACGGAUGCGUUGGUCCCUAUAAUAAACAACCUCGGUUUCACAGACGUUCAUUUCGAUUACUUCACAGCUCCCCAGUCGGAGUCCGUUACGCUUCCAGAUGGACGUGUCAUCCACGGUAUACCCAGCAUAGAUUCGGGAGAGGACUCAGUCAAAUCAGCCCUCCACUGCAGGCCAUUCGUAGAACCAUUAGUCCCCAAAUAUGAUGGAUUCCUCGUUGCAUGCUACUCGGCACACCCUCUCGUUGGCAUGCUUCGAGAUGCUAUUGAGAAGUUUGAAGAUACAGCUUCGUCGGAGCCUUUCCUCGCGCAUGUCAAACGAAAGUACGUGACUGGGAUCUUCGAGGGAAGUGUCGUUGCCUCUCUGUCAGUCAUCAGCUCCUUCCAACUUGCCAUAGAUGGCGGAUUUCAUAAAUCACAAGCAAAGGACACUUUCGGUAUCGUUUCUACUGGCAGCAUUUGGAAGCCCGAGCUCAGCAAAGCCGUCGCAGACAUGCUUGUUAACUCAGGCGAACACAAAGAUUCCACAAGCCGAUUUGCUGGUGUGGAAACAACUGGGCUGACGGCGGUCGAACUGCAUACAACUUCCCCAGAGGAAGUGAGAAAAAGAAUUAGCGAAGCCACUGAAAGACUUAUCAAGGAGACUGCACUCCCUGUCAGUGCGAUCUGCAUGGGAUGCGCUGGUAUGGCCGGUAUGGAGGAGGCAGUUCGAGAAGGUUGCAUCAAGGCAUAUGGCUUGAAGCAAGGGAAUCGUGUCAGGAUAGUGGAUGGUGUCGUGUCGGGUGCUGGAAUGCUUGUAACAGCCUGCAAGGCUGGAUUCUGAAGGCUGCGGAGUACCUAGGGACCGUUGCCAUCAUCGUCGCCAUCAUCGUCGCCAUCCUCGGUCACAUUCUCAUGGAAUCUCCGUUUGCCGGCUGGUGGCUUAUUGGAGCUCUGCUUUCGAUCUGCAGGACUGAUCUGCAGGUUAUAAAUACCCUCGUCUGUCGCAAGCUAAAAGCGACGCAGACAGCAAGUCACUGCAAGAGCGUUGGUCGAGAAAUCCCAGUGAAGAUGUGUCAAGAAUAAAAUCGUCAAA